AUGGAAAAGCAGCUGAUGACCAUUCUUGUAGCGACCUUAGCAGCCCUUCUCCUCUUAGUUGACGCCUCCAUCCACCAAACCACAGUGAUCAUCGAAAAGGAAAAUCUUAGAGAAUUAGAUGACUGUCACCAGGAGAUGAUGCGGCAGGAGAAUCUCGAGCAGUGCCAGGAAUUUGUCAAGCAAUUAGUAGAGAGCGAAAGGGAGGGUAUAAGGGAGCGGCGCCGUCGUAUUAACCCAGCAUACGAGGAGCAUUUGGAAAUAUGUUGCCAGCGGCUAAGCGAGAUGAGCUCCAUGUGCCGCUGCUAUGGCCUCAGGAAAACUAUUGAGCAGAUUCCACAGGAGAGGAUGAUGAUUGGGCCAGAGGAUUUUGAAGAGGUUAUGAGGACAGCUGCGGACAUUCCAGACAUUUGUGACCUGGAACCAAGCCACUGCCAAUUUGAUUCACCCCACAAAAUGUGGUAG